AUGGCACAGCUAAAGCCACAGUCGAAGCCAAAGCCGGAGCCAGAGCUGGAGCCAGAGCCGAAGCCACGACAGCAGCCACUGCCGAUGCCACAGCCGAAGCCACAACCGAUGCCACAGCCAAUGCCACAGCCAGUGCCACAGCCGGAGCCACAGUCUCAUCAAAGGAUACAGCGCACUGCGGUAGAGUCCACAGCGCCGACUCCCGAUAAAUUGUCCGAAGAAGACAAGCAAGUGACUGUGAUGCUUCGGUCCCUCAUGAAUACCCUUCGUGUACUUUUCAGCAAGUCGCAUACUCCGUCAGCGCGAAGUGCAGUGCAAGUACUGGAUGCUUUUAGUCCAGUGCUUGCAACUCUCGAGUAA